AUGAAUAUUUACCCAACUCCUAGCUUUAGUCUUGAGUACAAGAAAAAAGAUUUCCCAAUAGUCGUGCCUCUAAGGAAAUUGCUGUACGUGAAAGUCAGUGUUGAUUCAGAUGACCGCAGGCUGGAUAUCUUGGCAGUAGAUUGCUGGGCCACACCAAACGCUAAUCCCUUAAGUCCUGGAUUAAGAUACGAAUUUAUCAAAGACGGGUAAACAGUUCAGUUUAUUUUGUACUUUAAUUUAUUAAGAAAAUUUAAAUGCUAAAGAUAUGUUGGUAAUGGAAAUUACACUUAACUCAUCCAGAUAGUUUACAGUCACUCCACUCAAAUAAUUCCAAAUAAAGCAUAAGAGGAUUAGAAACCCCAACUGGUAGGAGUAACCUCCUCCAGUUGGCUAUUAACUAGCGUGGCCGUAGAUUUUUUCUCGGAACAACCGUGAACAAAUCCAGCUAGCUAGGGCGAUUGCAAGUCCGCCGCUCAAACCACUCGGUCACGCUUUCUCCCUACUUCGCAAAGACCACUUGCCAACACCAGCAUUAGGUUUCCAUUUUACAGAUGAAAGUUCAUCUUGUCUUUAUGUCUUUCUCCUUCAGAUGCCCAGUUGAUGAUACUGUGAUGGACAUUCCAACAGCAGACAAGCGUAUGCAAAAAUUCAAACUUGAAGCCUUCAGCUUUAUUGGUGACCAUCAGUUCGUGUACAUGCAUUGCAAGGUCUUGAUCUGUAACGCAUCAGAUCCCAACUCACGUUGUGCGCAGGGCUGCGUUAAUCGAGCAAAGAGGUCCCUGAUGACUCAAGGAUCCAGAAACGAGGAGGUACACUUGUCUCAGGGACCAUUCAUGCGUGGAGAUGAUGAAAAAGAUAAAGAAGAAACUAAACUGGAGGAAACGGAGAAAGACAUGCGAGAUGUGGAAAACAGUGGUAAGUUUAACACUGACCUUAUCAUUGGUGGUUUA